UAAGUCAGUGGAGAUGUAGUGGAGCAAAGGGGAUUAAUGGAUUACCAUACAAGUCUUUGGAUACAUUGUUAACAUUUAAUCCCGUAACAAAGUGACCAGAGUAGCUUUCUCCAACGACUUCUCUUCUCCUCUGUUGAGUUUAAUGAGGUGUGCAUACCUUAAGGGCUUGGGGAUUGUUUAUAAGGCAGCUUACUGCAUUGAAUCACAAGGAUUUGAGGAGCUUGUGGAGAAUCUUCAUGUAACAGGUGGCCUGUAAAGAGGGUGAUAGAAAAGAAAUGCAGGAAUGCUACAGGAGACUAUUAGCUGAAAGUAGUGAGUUCCUAAGGGGUAGGGUCGUUGUAAGGUAUUUGACAUUGAUGGGAGGACUUCUAAAGUUUUUGUUGUUGGGACGGUUAGUCGAUAGGUUAUAUAUCGUGGGUACGGGAUAUGGUUCUAAAGGAUAUAUUCUAGAGGUUUACUUUUUUGGGAUAUCAGCGGAUCCUGUUGUGGCUUCUGCAUGUUUACAGGCCCUCCAAAACGACUAUGCUGGGCGAUGGUGCCAAGUGGGUGGGCAGACUGCAUCCCCCUUCAAAGUAUAUGUUCUCAGUUGUGCAACUGGUGGUUUUUUAUUUAGGUUUUUAAAGCAGCAAAAUUUUGGCAAUGCUCGUUCGGUAAAAAUGCUUUAGUGCUUCCAAAGUUGCAUCGUCUGUCAAAGAGAACAGGAGACCGCUCAUCACCUCCUUGGUGCCUAGAGACCUAUUGGCUAUUCCUAUAACCUAGUUGGGAUUCAGUUGGUUAAGCCAAGAUUUCUUAAGGAGGUUUUUGAUACAACACCAAUUGUGUUAACAAAAAAUUUACCACAUGAUCUUGAGAAGGGUGUCAAUAUACUUUUGAUUGACUAUGUGGAAGAAGUGGAGAAGGUCUAGUUUUCAUGAUGCAGAGUGCCAAAUUUCAUGGGAAUGUGAAUAGUAAAUUUACCUCUUUCUCCAUUAUCAGUCCAAGCAACAGAUGAUGAAUCUAACUUCACCGCCUACUUGAUUAUUAUAAUGAUUGGUGACGUUUGGCCCGCUUAUGGAGGAGAGUUUGGCAAUAUGUCAGGGGUGUAUGUAGGGGAUUAUGAAGUUGCCUUUCUUUAAUGACUUAUGUUUUUAGAUGAGUUGGUUUUCAACAAUUUAACAAAAGUUAUGAGAUGAAGCAGCUCAUUUUUUUUUACUGUCAGUGGUGUUUGUUUACUAAGUCCUCCAUAAAUUCUCAAAAAAUAUGCAUUUCUGUUCUGUACGGGUGUAGUGAUCAUUUUUACUCUGCGCAGAAUUGAAUUACGCCCAUUUGGUCUUUUUUCCUGAAGUGAACUUUUACAUAUCAGGAAAGGAAGUAGGAGAUGAAGAUUGCAUACCACAUGUUGCACUCCAAAUCUCAUCCUGGGCUUCAAGAAUGAGAUUAGCACUAUUGAUAGUUAGUAAACUACAGCAAACGAGAUUGUUCAGCUGUAUCCUAUUCAUUUUGAAUAUGAUGAGAUGGUCAACUGAUACUGUCAGAAAGACUACAAAGCAUGCCAUUCAAAAAAAAGAAA